CCCUCCAAGGAAGGUGAUCAUUUAAUUGGCCGAAUCACUUUGAGCAAGAGAACAGCCAUGCCAAAAGAGGCUGGGGCUCUGCUAGGGCUAAAGGUGGUCGGGGGGAAGAUUACAGAAACUGGGAGACUAGGGGCCUUCAUCAUCAAAGUCAAGAAAGGUAGUUUAGCUGAUGUGGUGGGUCAUCUACGGGCUGGUGAUGAGGUGCUUCAGUGGAAUGGUACAUCAUUACCUGGGUUAACCAAGAAAGAAGUUUACAAUAUCAUCUUGAAUUCCCAAACAGAACCACGAGUUGAGUUAGUAGUAUCAAGACCAAUAGGUGAUAUACCACGAAUACCAGAAACAUCACACCCUCCAUUAGAAUCUACAGGUUCAAGUUCCUUCGAAUCACAGAAGAUGGAAAGACCCUCUAUAUCUGUCUUGUCCCCAUCCAGCCCAAGUGGUCUUAGAGAUGCCCCUCAGCUACUGCCUGGACAGCUGUCGGUGAAAAUGUGGUACGAUAAGGUCGGCCAUCAGCUGAUAGUGAACGUAUUGCAGGCUAUAGACCUGACACCCAGAUCAGAUGGACGACCCAGAAACCCCUAUGUCAAAAUGUACUUCCUGCCCGAUAGAAGCGAUAAGAGCAAGAGAAGGACGAAGACAGUAAAGAAAAGUCUGGAGCCCAAGUGGAACCAGACAUUUGUGUACUCUCAUGUCCAUCGCCGGGAUUUCAGAGAACACAUGCUGGAGAUUACUGUGUGGGACCAACCCCGAAUACAAGAUGAGGAGAGUGACUUUCUGGGAGAAAUCCUAAUCGAGCUGGAGACUGCCCUGCUGGAUGACAAGCCUCACUGGUACAAGCUGCAGACACAUGACGUCUCUUCCAUCCCACUGCCGCACCCGUCGCCAUUCCUGCCCCGCAGACACAGACACACAGAAACACCCACCAAAAAGCUGCAGCCUACAGAAAACCAAUCAAGAGAAAGAGAACGGGACAGAGACCGAGACCGAGCAACGACAUUAGAGGUUCCAGACCAGAUCAGGCCAACUCAGUAUCGCUCACGGUCCGUGUCCCCACACAGAGACGAAGCGAGCAGGGGACGGUCCCGCCCAGCCAACAUCCCUGCACAGAGGAGUCUGGAUGAGGUCCAGCACAGCCGGCGAUCCCGUUCCCCAACACGCUACCACGAUCGUGCCCGUGUGCAAGAGAGAGAUUGCGGAGAUGACAGUGAGGUCAUCUUGAUAGACAGAUUAAUGCGGGGUAGAAGCGCAGAGUGUCUGCACACCCAAAGUGUUGGCAGGAGUUCAUCUAAGUACAGUAGCACUCUGCCUCCCAAGAUGCCUUUAUUAGUCAAUGGAAUUCAUAAGGAUAUUUACAGCUGGGUUUUGGAGGCUAUGUUCCCCGCUCAGGAGACAAAACACCACCUCAGUGCAAAGCCAGACGCACAGAGGCAUUCGAGAACUCGGGACAAGCCUAGCUGUCAGAAACUUGGCAAGAAAAUAUCUGACAGCGAGCGGGUGCAGCCACACUCCAGCCCCGCAUUUUCCUCAUCAACAGCGGCCCCUUCUUCGACACGCAAGGUCAGACAGCUUCCCCAAGUCCCCGCCAAAAGCAGCAGUGUAGAGCAAGCUCUUGCGUCAGAGGAGCGAACGCGGCAAAUGAAAGUACGUACCUUCCGAACACCAGCUCCCUCCAGUACCAGCCACGAUCUGGAGAGGACGCUCAAGAAUAAAAGAGAGCUUUAUAAGGAGCAGCGACAGAGCUGUGACAAUGUGUCCCACAAGUCCUCAGACAGUGAUGUCAGUGACGUGUCAGCCAUCUCUCGCGCCAGCAGUGCCUCGCGGAUCAGUAGCACCAGCUACAUGUCCAUUCAAUCAGAACGACCCAGGGGUCAAUUUAGCCGUCAUAUUCAUCCAUCCAGCCGCAGCAUGCUGAAGAGCACGAGCGUUAGUGGGGAAAUCUACACUCUGGAGCGUACGGAUGGCAGUCAGUCAGACACCGCUCUGGGAACACUGGGAGCAGGAGGGAAAAAGCGCAGAUCCAGCCUUAGCGCACGUGUAGUCGCCAUCGUGGGCAUUCCCUCCCGCCGCAGCAGGAGCACCUCUCAGCUCAGUCAGACAGAAGCAGCCAACAAGAAAGCAAAGGGAUCCAGUCAGAUCCAGCGCAGUCAGGAGACGGGAAUGGCAGUGGAGUAUCCCCGCAAUGUCAUGGCUCGCCAAGCCAGUCGAGAGUCCACUGACGGCAGCAUGAACAGUUACAGCUCUGAGGGCAAUCUGAUCUUCUCAGGGAUGAGGUUAGGGGCCGACAGCCAGUUCAGUGACUUCCUAGAUGGUCUUGGCCCUGCUCAGUUGGUGGGUAGACAAACACUUGCCACGCCUGCUAUGGGAGAUGUUCAGAUUGGACUGAUGGACAAGAAAGGGCAGCUGGAAGUGGAAGUUAUCAGGGCCCGUGGUCUUACACCUAAACCAGGUUCCAAAUCGCUGCCGGCUCCCUAUGUCAAGGUCUAUUUGCUGGAAAAAGGAGCGUGCAAAGCCAAAAAGAAAACCAAGAUUGCACGGAAAACGCUUGAUCCCUUGUAUCAGCAAUCGCUGCUGUUUGAGGAAAGUCCGCAGGGUAAAGUUCUCCAGGUAAUAGUCUGGGGAGAUUACGGCCGCAUGGACCACAAAUGUUUCAUGGGAGUCGCCCAGAUUCUUUUAGAGGAGCUGGAUCUUUCUAGCACAGUGAUCGGUUGGUACAGACUGUUUCCCCCUUCAUCAUUGGUCGACCCGACGUUAGCUCCUCUCACUCGGCGCGCUUCCCAGACCUCGCUGGACUCUUCAGGGCCGCCAGGUAUCAGGUCCUAGUGAACGGACGGGAAAAGCACGACCCAGUGGACCAAUCAGAACCAGAGCGGCAGAUAAAGAGACAGAUGGACAGAAUCAUGAUCAAAGCUUUGCUGAAGCCUGACAAUCACUUCUCUCUUUUACUUUAGAUCUUUGGGUUGUAGAGAUUUCUUUUGAUCCACUCUGCUCCUUUACUGCAUGUUCUGUAGCUGAGAUGACGAUUCGACCCAAAUAAAAAAGAGAAGGGAGAGGCAGCCGAAACGCGAUCCCGCUUCGUCUGACAGGAAGCGGAGCCUACAGUGGCGCCGGUAGCCUAGAUUGCUCUGGUCAGUCAGCGCAUUUAUUUUCUCACGUGUUGGCGAGAGUGAGAGGACAGCACUGCCCCUCCUCUAUAUUGCACUUUCAGGAAGUCCCUCUGCUGAAAGACCAGAGGUCCAGGGUUAAAGGUCAAGAUUUAGUCUUCUCAGAGAGUUUCCUCUCUGCAUCACGGAUGCUGCAUCCGAGGCCCCGGCGUGUGCCGGUCUGGCACGAACUCAGACUCAGAUU